AUGCUCGAACGGGCAGCCGGCUGCUUCGAAAGCGCGGGUCGGCGUUUCCUUCGAGAUCCCAAUGGCGCGAUUCGCAGUCGGAGGUCACUAUCUCGACAUUUCUGGAAGCACAACGCCACCGGAGGAGACGCCCCCAGCUGGUUUCUCGCCCUAGUACACCCGUCAGGUCAACGCCCGGCCGCCGUUUCUAGUCUACCUGAAAGCCUGCCUGCCUACGAUCGAGGCCCGCCUGUUCUCGACUUCCUUUACCCAAGAAAGACGCAAGAUUUUGCAGCGUUGCGGCUUUCGCGCCCCUCGAGGAGGCUAGGUCUUCGACGGAGGAAGAAGCCACUCGCCGGCUUCUCAAGAUCAUAUACCACAGAAGCCUCAAACUUGCAGCAAAUUCUCCUCAAUGAACCCCAUGCCCAUGAAUACGCUUCAUUUGCAGAAGAAGAAGAUGGCAAACACAUUCCCAAGGAGGCUACAGAGGAGCUCACACAGUUGCUAGAAAACCAGGGAGAUGAUUUCGACAGAGCUUGGGUGUUUUACCUUGCUGCUAGGCAACCGCAGCACUUUCGCUCCUCACUUUGCGCCUAUCUCAGCCGAUCGCCCCAUAUUGUUGAUCAAGAUCGUGCUUGGCAAUUGUUUCAAGAACUUCCACCCGAUAACCGGUCCGCCAAUGAUUUCCUCGCCAUCACUCAGUCGCAGCUUCGUACCGAGAACCAUUCGAAAAUCAAAUCAAUAUGUGAAGAAGCUGUCUCAAGAGGGGUUGAAGACUACUGUUGCGCACUGGCCUGCGCAUUCUAUGUCAAAAAGAACGAAUGGACCAACGCCCUGGACAUCUGUCGGCUGGGAAAGGGGGAAGCAAUCCAAUUACUUCCUCAGCUCGAUCACCUGACGCUGCCCGAAAUCACCGUUCAACUUGGAGAUUUCCUCACAAAUCACUCCGACAACAAAAUCGCCCUCAGUCUCGCGCGAUUUCUCAUUGAAAAUGUAUCAAAAUCUUUCGAGCUCCUCGAGAACACAUCACUAGAGCUUCUCCUUCAGAUGUUGCGAACACACCAACAAUUGGGUUUGCUGAAGGGAGAUCAUUAUUUUAAUAUGAUGCGGACUCUUCAGUCUUCCAGCAAAAGGUCGAAUAUUGUUCGCGCAGUUGUUCUUUACCGACACCUGCGCUGGCAAAUGCCCGAGGUGAAACCGCCUGCGCCACUUCUCAGCAAGCAGAUCUGCGCUUUAGCGUCUUUCGAUAUCAUCAAUGGCAUCCAACUAUUCCUGGAUGACCUGUCUCAAUUCCACCAGAGGCCUUCCGCUGAGGUAUACAGACAGGCCAUGGUGGUAUAUUCCCGUGCUGGAAAGGUCGCAAAGGUCAAGUCUCUUUUUGAAAGACGCGUUGCGGACCAUGGGCCACCUCGCAGUCUUUAUUCUAUAACUCCGCUCCUGGACGUCUAUGCGCAGAUUGGCAAUGUGCAGGAAACACACGAUCAGUUUCAAAAAAUAACGGAGGAGUUUCAACUCACUCCGAACACAGUGUGCUGGAACAUUCUUCUCAAGGCUUAUUCCAAGGCGGAUGACCUAGCAGGCGCUUUUUCGGUAUUCUCUGAGAUGCUGAAAGAUGGCGUGACGCCUGACUCCCACACUUUUGGUACACUGAUGGAUACUUGUGCUAGCCGCGGUGACAUUGGGAAUACGCGCUGGCUGCUUAGAGAGGCGCAAAAUUGUCAAGUCCAAAUCACCAUGCCAAUGCUCGAUACCGUUGUUCGAGUCUACUGCAACAACGGGCGAUUGGAUCUGGCCGAGAAAUUUGCGAAGGCAGCUUUACGUGUGCAUGUUGAAGGGUCUCCCAUAAGAAUGUGGAACACGCUCCUGCUACACCACGCAUUCAGAAUGGAUGUCGAAGCUUUCCGUCGUGUCAAGAGAACGAUGGACAGGGCUAACUUGCCACCGGAUGCUUCAACGUGCUCUGCCAGUUUGCUCAGCCUGGUUUUGAUGAACAGGCCGGACCAAGCGCGAAAGCUUCUCCGAAACCUACACAAAAAAGACAUCAUUCACGCCACGCAGCAUCACUAUGCCAUAAUUUUGUACGGAUAUCUCAGGGUUGGCAAUCGUGACAUGGUUCACAUCAUCUUCAAUGAGAUCACCGAGAGAUUCGGCCGAGCCGAGACUAAGUUGAGUCUUUUAAAACUCAAGUCAGAUAUUGAGCGUGACUUGCAGAUCAUGAAAGAUGAAGGCCUCAGACCUUACGGUGAAAGCCUGCAAUUGGAAACCGCAGAACGAUUCUUGAUGUCAGCCAUGUCUCAAGCGGACACCGAUACGUCUUUAUCCAAACCCUCGUCACUUGGUGUUUCAAGAGAUUCAUCUGCCAACACCUUUUCUACCUUGCACUAUGAAUAUCUCAUUAAACAAUAUGGCAAGGGAGGCGCAGUUGGACGAGCUCGUAAAUUGUUCCACCAAUACCUCAAUACCGAGCUACCUGGAAGUUCGUCAGAAGACGGACUUGAGAAUGGCCCAUUCGGCAUUGUCAAUGCAUUGAUGGUUGCCCAUUUACGGGCGGAAGACUACGAGAGCGUGGAAAAAUGCUGGCAGAUUCAAGUACCUCGCGCCAUCAGAAUGGCAAGCCGCAUCAACAUUCAGGAGGUUCUCGACUCGGAGCUAAAGAGGUCAACUGACCCAAUUUCGUCAAGCCCACCUCUACAAGCAUCAAAUUUGGAACCUUUGGCGGAGGCCAACAAGAGCUGCUCAGAUGCUACAUUUGGUGACCAUCCCGACGGACAGGCCAAGCCUAAGAUCCUUCCUAGCCAACGCUUCAUUCUGUCGAAGCCAUUUUCGCUCUACGUACGGGCGUUGGCCUAUCAGAAUGAGACCGAGAAGAUUAUCACGGCCACGGCAGAGCUUCAGGCUGCUGGCUUCCAGCUGACCACUUUCAAUUGGUCAACUUAUGUGCAGAUGAUGGCAGCUUCGGAUCGAAUGCCCGAUAUCGUGGAGGCUUUCAAGACCAAUGAACGCAUCUUCAUGCCAAGGUUCCCUGGAUGGGGCCCGCUUCGGCGAGGAUACAUAUUAAAGACUAAAAAGUCUUCCAAAUUUGCACACAAGCUUGAAGACCCUCGACAAGAUUCCCGCUCCACCUACCGACAAAGCCAGAAGUUCUUUGGAAAAGCUGCCCGGAAGCACUUCAAUCAAAUACGGCCUGACCUGCUCUCGCCGACCUAUCUCACUAUGGUGUAUCUCUCUGCGUCACUGAACCGCGUUCGAGAAGAUAGUAUUUUGAGUGGUAGCCAUGAUCUACAAAUCCUUCUUCAAAAGGCACCAGAGACCAUGAAGGCUCUCGGAGAUAUGCCUUACUGGCGUGAGAAAUACCAGGGAGUGCUGGUACGUGGCCGAGAAGUCGGGCCCGACUUGGAAGGGGUCCCCAUUGACCAACAUGUUGCUCUUGGCGGAGUCCUCGGCCCAGGCGUUAAAGCUAAAUCGAGACGACUACCCCGUCUUGAUCAUGCAACGGAGCAGAGUUUCCCAUACAUGGAUGUUUCAGCCACAGACGAUGCGUCCAAAGCUCUUACCGAACUGCUCGCGUCCGAUGAUCUUGAAGACCCGCAUGAAGGCCCUCUUUCCCGCGAGGAUUUGCUUGAUAUCGAGAAUGAUAUUCGUCACCAUCGCCGCAUAGCGAAUGCUAAAGAGAAAUUGCGCCGCAGGGAACAGAACAUCAAGGUCCAAAGGGCUUCACAUGGGACUGGAAAGGUAAAUCGACCAGUCGAACUUGAUGGAGGAAGUGACGAAGUUUUUGAUGAGGUCAAUGGACUGGAUGAUGCAGUUGAGCCAGUUGAGCCAGAAGCUUUGAAUGAAAGUGAUCGAGUGAGCUAA